AUGGCCGAAAAGUCUUCAGAUUGGAAAAUUCGCAUGGAAAAGUAUGUAAAUAUACUUGCCUCAUUACAAGAUGAAAAUUCACCAGACUUAUAUAACAUAGAACAAAACGUAAUUCAAUAUGUUUCAGAUGUUAAUCCAAAUUCUCAGCUUGUAGGCCUCCAAAUUUGCGAGCAACUGCUAAACAUGCAGAGACAGCUUAAUUAUCAGCAGUUAACAAAGGCAUUGCUUGAUAAAUCAUUCACAGGUCGACCUCAAAACGCUCAGAAAGCAACAGAAAUCAUUAAAAUAUGCUACAACAACUCCUCAGAACCAGUUAUGCAAACGUUAUUAGAAGAAUUAUCAUCAAAAUCUCCAAAAAUUGUUUCUGCUGUAAUGUCUAUUUUCUCAGAUUUAGCGCCAAUACUACCAGAAAGUUCUAGACAACAAGUCAUGUCAGCGAUUUUUCCACUUUUACAAAAUCGUUUGCCAAAUACUCGUAAAGAAGCAAAUGAUUUACAUACAAAGCUUGGUAUGCCUUAUGCAGCACAACCACAGCCUGUACAACAGCAACAAACAAGGGAAAAUCUUCCUCCAGCAUCAGUUCAGCCUCCUCGACCACAACUUACUACAAUUGCAAAAAGUACUCCAAAAACUCGCGAAUUACCACAAGAAGCACCCCAACCAACACCAACGCCGGUUAUUCCAUCAUCAAGUACACCGAAAUCAUUGCAAGAACCAAGAAAAAGCCUCAGAAAGAAAUCAGCAAUUUUUGGAUCUGCUGCAGGAUCAUGGAAUUCAUUUGUUUCAGAGGAGAACAAGAAGAAUCUCAUGAGUCAUAAACCAAUGGACGUUACCGCAGGCUUAGAUGGCCUCAUGAAACAGUUUAAUGAUGAUCAAACUGCAGGAAAUGCCUGCGCGUAUGGUUUAUUCUCAAGUUUUGUUAGUAGAACAUUCGCUCCUAAGGUAAUGAACCAGUUAACAUCAUCAAUUCUUACUUAUCUUAAAACAGAUCCAAGUUCAAUUUCAGAAGAUACAUAUACAGCUGGUGUGAACUUCUUUAUUGAUAAAAUUACAGAAAAGAGAAUGGAAAAGGACAUUUUCGAGAUAGGAGAUAUAAUUUUGGCCAAUAUUUCGGCAAAUUCAUUUUUCCAACAAUUAUAUCCUUCAAUGGGAGCCAAAAAUCCAGCACUAUUGACAAGAACGAGUAACUACAUAACACAUGUUCUAAGAACUUAUGGCCAAAACACUGGUUUAGACUCAAAUGAAAUUGCAGAACAAGUUAAACCUUUGACAGGAAACCCAGAUCCAAAUGUCCGUAAGGCAGCAAAUGAAGUUGUUGCUACAUUGGCCCAAGUUUACGGCCAAUCUAUUUUAGAUGGCUUCUCAAUGUUAAAGAAAGCACAAAUGGAUGAUAUUAUGAAGAUGAUUUCUACAAACCCACUUCCUAAUCCUGCUCCUCUUGCAGUAGAAGCUCCUCAACAAGUACAAAUCAGCGUUCCACCAAAAAUUUCAAAUAUUCCUCCACAAAAUCAAGCUCCUUCUUCAUUAACACCUUCACAACAAGCACCAAUGUCGCAUAGACAGUCUAUUUCCAACUCAUCUGCUAAAGGAGAACCAGUAAAAUUACCAAAAAGAAAUUCAUUAAAACCAAAACCGAAACAAGACUUCCAACUCGACUUCACACCAGUUGAAGAAGAUUAUAGACCACCUCCAAAGUCACAGCCACCAGAAAGAAAGCCAAUUGAAGAAGGAAAUUUCCCACAAAAAUUAAUUGACAAUUUAUCACAAAGUAGAACAUCAAAUGAUGCUAAGAAAGCUAUAGAAGAACUUGACAACCAAUGUGGUAAACUAUUAUCAACAAAAGGCGAGAGAUCUCUCAAAUACAAAGAUGUAUCUGAAGUUUUAAAGGUUUUAGGACCAUGGUUAAGCGACCAAAAUGUAAAUAUCCUCUUUUCUAUUUGUAAACUCAUGGAAAGAGUCAUUCUUUUGCUUGGAAGAAACAUUAAAUCAGCUCCUGUUUCAUUAUUAUCACUUUUAUUCAAUACAUUGAACUUUCCAAACCAAAGACUCAAAGGAGCUGCCAUGGAUAUGCUAAACAAACUCUCAGAGGUUGAUGACAGAUUUGUAAAUGAAAUCUUUGCCACAGCUUUCAGAGAUUUGACUGACGAAGGCAAGUCAACAGCUCUCACAUUCAUUAUGACUGUUAAUUUCACACCAGAUGUCCAGUCAUUGGCUCAACUUGUUGCAGAUUUGAUAACCGACCAAUUUGAACCAGAAAAUGCUGAACCAUUCAUUGAAAAAUUCCUCGAAAAUGGAGGAAAAGAAGAACUGAAAGACCUUGCAAAGAAGAUGGUUCCUGCCAAGAGAUCAUUGAUCAUGCGCGCGAUACAUGAAGAAGACUCUGUUUCCAUAUUUGUUGACCAAGAUUCAACAAGAAGUAUAAGAAAAUCUUCAAAUUUCGACAGAAUUUUGGCCAUUAAAAUAUUAAAUGGAGAAAAUUCAGCUGAAACAGCAAUUGAGUUACAAUGGAGAUCUAUAUUUAAUUUAAGAUUAAUCCAUCAAUCACCGGAUACCUUCAAAGUAGAAUCAGCUGCUGUAAUUGCUCAGAUAAAGAAAGGAACUCCUGACUUUUCUUCUUAUUUGGAUUUGAUUUUAAUUUGGACUUUGAUUAAUAGGAAACUUCAAAUAGAUUUCGUUUCUCAACUGUAUGAUAUCAUGGAAUCAGAGAGUAUCUCAUUAGAUAACAAUUCAUUAUCAAUUGCUUUACCUUUGGCAUUGAGUUUAUCUCAAGAUUUCAUUCAAAGAACUCAAAAACUUUCACAAGAAAAUUCUUAUUUCGUUGAAAAUUUGAAAUUAAUUUGUGAAAAUUCAACGAAUAUUGACAUUCUUGUUGAAUUAUUUACUUUCUUAAAGACACUAGCAUUAUCUCCAGAAGAUAAACAGUUCUUUGAACAACAAUCUCAAAGAAUUUCACAAGAAUUCGAUGACGAAAGACUGAAAAAUGUAAUUUCAACAAUGACAAUCAAGUCAAAUGUAAUGAUUGAAAUGAGUGACGAAUUAAGAGAAAGAAUGGAGGGAAGUACAUUGUUAGUUUAUGAAUGGAUUCAUCAAUUAUCAAGUCCAGAUAAUGCACAAUCUGUUUCAGCUUUCAAAGCAAUUUCGAAACAAUUAGAAGUAGAUGCAAGUGUAUUUAACAAUCAUUUAGAUGCUUUAGUACUUGCAAUCAUUGCAAAAGUUCAUGUUUUCUUUGCUGCAGAGCCUCCUCCUGUAAGAUUAUAUAAAUACAUUGCUUUCUGCAUCUUUUCUUUACUAGAAAAAACAGAUUUACCAUCUGUUAUUCGUCCAAGCGUUGUUAAACAAUUAAUGCUUGAAGUCAUCACUAGAUUAUGUAAUGGAGUGGAAGACCAAAUGUCUAAUCAAUCAUUGAAUUUUAUUAUCUUGAAAUUGAUGGAUACAUGCACAAGUUUAUCUUUCAAAGCAUUGAUUGAUGCAUUAAUGCAAUGUAUUGAUGGAAUGUUCCCUGAAAGAUGGGUAAAAAUUGCAUUGAAAUGUUUCGAUGCAUGUGUACAACAUAUUACACAAGAUGAUAAUCAGCAGAAGAGCGGUAAUGAAGAUGAAAUCAGUGUUUGUGUCAUAGAAAGUGAAAAUGUUUUCAAGAAGACAGGAUAUAAAACAUUAAAAGAAACAGAAUUAGGUCAAAGAAUAAUUCAAACGCUUAAGAAAUUUAUAGGAUCAGUGAAAGAACAAUAUCCAAGCGUUUUGGAGAGGCCAGAUGUUGUGAAAGCACUUGGCCAAAGAUCUGUUAUAUUAUCAAUUUAA